AUGGGAGAAACCAAAAAUGACUUCCGCCGCAGAUGCCGCGAGGUCUACCUCGCCUACCGCAUCAACUGCAUGCCCGGGGGCAAAACCUAUACCCCAAGCCCACCCAAGGCUGAGCAGAACUUCUGGCACCCGGUUGACACUAUGGAGGAAGAGACACCUAUUCCUGCUGAUCCGUACAGCUCGCCCAGUUCAGACAGUCCCAAAUCUCGUCGGGAAGCAUCUACAAAGGAAGGGAAAGCGCCUUCUGAGAACUUGGCGGUGCCGCGGAAUCACAUGGUAAAGGAGGAGUCCACACCUGAAGUCGACGGACGGACCAGCCCCAUCUUUAAAGAUAUCUAG